AUGGGCGAUCAAGGAACGACUCGGUUGGCCUAUGCGGAGGCUAUGAAGCAUCAUGGCUGCGGAUUCGGCUUUCUAGAGACCGAGUCUCUGAAACGAGUUCACCGCGGCAUGUGUGGGUAUCUCGACCCCGACGGAUGCUGGCACCCCAUCGCCGACCUGACGGACACCACGGCUCUUGAGGAAGACGGUUACGAUCGACCAGCCCGACUUAUCCCCGGAGAGCGUUCCAAGGCGGAAUGGGGCGCACGAACGGCCCAGGGAACGCGAAUGGGGAGCGCGGCCCUCGCCGCGGGAGGCGGAGGUAUGGGGAUAGGAGCAAAGGUCGAGGUCUCGAUUACUUGUGCUCGAGAAUCGGGGGCCGUGGUUCUGUGCAACUCGCCCGUUUUCAUGGAGUGUUUCGACUCUAGACCCGCCUUUAGAAAAUGGGCCAAGGAGAACGCGGAGAGAAUCUUGGAGCAGUGCGACGAUGUCAAGGAUCUCGGGUUCCACAUCGUGGAAGCCACAUGGGUCUCGGACGAUGUGUACCUGAACGCGUGGGUCGGGACCGAGAAAGAGUUGUCCAUUGGAGGGACGGUGAAAACAGGAGACGUGGCCAACGGAACGGCUUCCAUCAAGUUCAGACAAGAGUCUUCGGCGGACGGCUGGAUUCACCCCAUCUCCAUGGAUGACGAUAAUCCCGAGAAAAGGGUCUUAUUUUUCAAGAGUCUGAAAUUCAGACUCCGAUCAUUUGCUGGAUUGAAAUGGGUCUCCGAAAGCAGAGGCGACGACGAGGAAGAGACCAUCAUCGUCGAUCCGGAUGACGAAACUAAAGCGUAUGUCUUGGAGGUGACUGACGAGCAUGGAGAGGAUCUGGAUGACUACAGGUAG